GUCGACACGCGUACUCCUCCGCCGCCCCAGCAAGGCGAAAAACAUAGUGCGCUUGUAUUGAAGGGAAUAGAAAGCGAACGAAAGGGCUUAGAGUGUGAGAGAGAAGCGAUUUAGUCUAAAGGGCGUUGGCUGGAAGAUCAGAGGUGAGGUUGGCUGGUCCCGGGGUGGUUCGUUGCCUGAGGCCGGGGAGGCGGCGCAGGGACACGACACGACGCGGCGCGGUGACAAGGGCGCCGCCAUUUUGUGUUGUCCAGGUCGGCGGGAGGCGCGCGGCCGCGCUGCGGGUUACGCUAGUUACACUAGUUACACUAGUUACACGGUUAUAUCAGUUAUAGUAGUUAGUGGCGGCGACCGGUGACCACCCGCCCGUGUCCGUCCGACCGUCAGUUACCGGCGAGGGGGAGGAGGAGCCGCCGCCGCCGCCAUGACUCAGUUCCUGCCGCCCAACCUGCUGGCGCUGUUCGCGCCGCGCGACCCCGUGCCCUUCCUCCCGCCGCUAGAGAAGCUGCCGCAUGAGAAGCAUCACAGCCAACCCUACUCUGGCAUCGCCCGCUUCGUGUCACACUUCGAGGACCCCAGAGAUGCCCCGCCACCGACAAGAGCUGAGACUCGCGAGGAGCGCAUGGAGAGGAAGAGACGUGAGAAGAUUGAGAGAAGACAACAGGAAGUUGAAAAUGAACUUAAGAUGUGGGAUCCUCACAAUGAUCCAAAUGCACAAGGCGAUGCUUUCAAGACUCUGUUUGUUGCCAGAGUGAACUACGACACAACAGAGUCCAAGCUGAGACGUGAAUUUGAGGUCUAUGGUCCCAUUAAAAGAAUCUACAUGGUAUAUAAUAAACGGACUGGAAAGCCUCGUGGUUACGCUUUUAUCGAAUACGAACAUGAGCGAGAUAUGCACUCUGCAUACAAACACGCAGAUGGCAAGAAGAUUGAUGGGAGGAGAGUUCUGGUUGAUGUGGAGAGAGGCCGCACUGUCAAAGGAUGGCGUCCAAGGAGGCUUGGUGGUGGGCUUGGGGGGACUCGCAGAGGUGGUGCAGAUGUUAAUAUCAAACAUUCAGGUCGUGAUGAUGCACCACGGUAUGAUGAGAGAGACCGGGAUCGAGAGCGAGACCGGGAUCGACGCGAGUGCAGUGAGCGUAGCCGUGAACGGGACAAGGAGCGCGAGAGACGUCGAAGCCGUUCCAGAGAGCGGCGGCGACCUCCUCGAUCUCGCAGUCGGGAGAAGGAAGAGAGGAAGGUCCGUACUAGCCGGGAGCGAAGCAGAGAGAAAGAUAAGGAUAAAGAUCGGGAUCGUAAGCGACGCAGUCGUAGCCGUGAACGCAAGAGGGAGCGAGAUCGCGACAGGGAUAAGGAUAAGAAAGAAGAACGCACAGAUGUAGAACAGCCUGAGGCGGGUGAUGCACCUCACAGUGAUCCACAGCCAGUGGAGGCCGUCUGUGAACCAGUCGAACCCAAACCAGAAACUGAAGAGAAGAAUAGAGAACGGGGAGAGAGGGAUAGGGAGCGGGACAGAGAUAAGGAGCGAGAUAGAGACCGGGAUCGGGAUCGUAGGCGGAGCCACAGAGACAGGGACAAGGACAAGGAUCGUGACAGGGACAGGAGGAGAGACAGGGACCGGGAUCGGGACCGUGAUCACAAGCGAGACAGAGACAGGGAUAGGGAUAGAGAUAGGAAUAAGGAAGCUGACAAGCUGCAAGAUAAUGGGGCUUCAGAGCAAUUUGAGGAAGGCAGUCUGGACUUGUACAUCGACCUGGAGUCGCAGCCUGCAGAAGGAUACAUGUUGCCUGAAAAUGGUUACCAAAUGGAGCCGCCCGCAGAGGGUUACUGAGAAGGCCAGUUCAAACUUUUAAAAGUGGACCAAUAUUUUCAUUUUCCUGUUUAACAGAAAUCCGCAGCUUUUUUUUGUUGGUUUUAUGCUGUAGUGAAGGAAGUUUUCAGCGCGAGAUACUCGUUUUUAAGAUGGGUAAGUUUUAGUGACUCUUUCAUAGCAGAUGGUUUGGAAUCCUUCUCGAGAUUUGUGAAACUCAACUGGUGAAUGUUAUCAAGUUCCUUUUUAUGGUGUAAUUCACAAUAAACCCAGUUCCAAAGCUGUGUGAAUCAUUUGUGUACUUAUGUACAGGUGUCCGUCCAUCAGUGAGGUCUUGGCUGGGGUCAACAUUUGCCCCCAGUGUUGUACAUCAGCUAUUGAAUUGCUUCUAGUGAGUAUAAGACCCUCAUAGUCAAGGCUCCCGUGGUGGCUGCUGCUGUAAUAACUGCAUUGCAGUCUUCAAGGUAAUGGCUUACUGGAGAAAUGGACAGUUUGGUUGAGAUGUCUGCUUCCUUUAAAUAGUCUGAUUCAAAUUUGUCAAUAAAACUUUACGUGUCACUGGUG